UUUCAACGGAACCAUCCGCCCUUACGCGCCGGCUACCAAGUCUUAUUACCUUAGUUAAUGCUUACUCUUGCCUUGAACGAUAACAGUUUAAGUCAGGGGGUCAUCCGUCUCGACCAGUUCCUCGGGAUUGCCACAUGAAUUACACAAGGAAACGCGCGCUUCUUGCUUGCGACUUCUGCAGGCAUCGAAAACGAAGAUGCGACGGGAAAAAGCCAUGCUCCACGUGCAGGGAUUCAAAUGCCGAUUGUGUUUACAAAGAGCUCCCGUUCGAUAGAGUUGAAGAUUCAAGCCCGACUGCUGUGAUCGAUCGACUUGCCCGAAUAGAAAAUCUACUCGAACACCAGAGCCAGCAGAUUAACCAUCUUAGUACACGGUCCAGCCCUCUUUCAUAUCCAACGAGCCAGGCCGAUUAUUUUGCUACGUACCAACAGCCAUCGGAAUACCUACCUUCAACUUCAGCCGCAAUAGACCCUCAGCUUGAUUCGCCGCAGUUUCUGAUCCCGAAAAACCACGCUACUCUACCUAUUACGCUUCUUUCGUUGCCUAUGGUGCGUGAUCUUAUCGGGGAGUAUCCAAGAGAUUACUUCUUCGAAAUUGAAGAAAAGCUACCGCUUCCUGGUCUCUUAGGGAAGCUAUACGAUAGUCCGCUAGUUUGGCCUUCUAUCGAUGCUGAUACUCUAGAUGUGUUAAGUGAAAAUUAUUUUCGAAAUGUCCAUCCCCACCACCCACUUUUUACGCCAGCCAUGUUUAAAGCAUGGCAGGAUGAACUUAUUCAAGAAAAAGGUAUGGAAGAGAUUGGCACUGCAAUAUGUUUUUGUGUAUACGCUUUGGGCACGAUUUGCUCCAACACGGCGGGAGACUACGAUAACGAUGAAGCACUUGGGAUUCAAUUUUUUCAACCGGCACUCCGAAUCAUCUUACAUAAGUUAGUGUGGGAGUUCCGGCCGAGUAUAAAUCUCUGCCAGGCCUUAUUGCUUGCCGCAUCAUAUUUUGCUCAUCUGGGAAGACCCCUUCAUAGUUGGAAGAUGGCGCAGUUUUCAUCACGAAUGUUUCUCGGUCUUCUUGAGAGCCGACAACGUUACAUAGCUAGCGCAGAAUUUGAAGAAGCUGAAUUAAGAACUUUUUGGCAGUGUUUCACAGUCGAAUGUGAUCGAAUCGCCGAGCUCGAUGUUCCCCGGAGUGGAAUCGAGCCCCUGGGUGACCGCAUGCGACUCCCACAUAGCACAGACCCUUCUGAUAACGAGAAUACCAUAUAUUUUAUCGCCGAACAUGCUAUCCGUCGACUCUUGAAUCGUAUACAUAAUUCUCUCUACGGCCCUGAAAUAGCACAAACGAGCCCUAUCCAUGUUUUGCCUACAGGUCCGAAUCAGGCCUGGCAGAGUUUGAAUAUGCAAAAACUCCAAGCUCUCAGUGCCGAACUCAACAGACAGUUAGAAGAAUGGUAUUUUUCUAUACCGGAUUACUUACGGCCUGUAAAAGGAACUUUACCACUCCCCAACGACCGUGCGCGGGUUCUUAGGAUUCGAUAUUACGCCGCGAGACACAUUAUUCAUCGGCCAUUUCUCCUUCAGAUGGUUUCCAGGCAAUGUGAAGAGCAAUCCCCAGCGAGCACUUCCGUUCUCAGCCCCGAUUCAUACAGCGAGUCAACAGUUUUCUUAGAAAGGUGCGAGACGUGUAUCGAUUCCUGCGUCACUUACCUUUACAACGCAAUAGAGAUGAUAGAUAGGCGCUCUCCGUACCUGUGGACUUUCUCCCAGAGUUGUUUAGCAUGCCUCAUUAUGCUAUGGAUGGCGGAUAAUACGCCCGCGUUACAUCACUACCUCCCUCAUAUGCAACCAAUCCAGAACAUGCUGCUUACCAAGCUACGCAAAUGGGCGAUCAAGGAUUCCACAUUUGCUGCUGAAAUACACAUUAUAGAACAACUUGUUUUCUCGGAUCCAAUGGAAGCUUAAGGAACCUUCUCGGGUACCUUUUUCGACCCCUGGAGGGCCUAGGUGUUUGAGGCUAGGAAGAAGCUUAGAGAAAGCCCACCUAGAAGCUAGAUUUGACUA